AUGUCUCGUCGUCCUCCUCCUCCGCAUUCCUCCUCCUCCUUGCUGCUUGUUUUGUUGGUGUGGGCAGCCGCCACCACUUCUAGUACUAGUAGUGGUGAAGGAUCUUUGGGUGUGGUUGGCGUGGAGCUGGCAGCUCUGCGAAAGGACAUAGCAGAUCAGCCAAUUGCAAAUAUUGCAAAGGGUUUUAGCCAAUUUGGGGAGAUGAACAGAGAAGUGGAGGAGGCUCUGGAUGAGCAUGGCCAAGCCAUGGUGAGAAUUUUGGAGGAGGCAGAUCAGUUGAGGCUAAGCACUGUCAGGGAGCUUGUGGACAUAUUGACAGUUCUUCAGGCUGUUGAUUUUCUGGUGGCAAGUAAGAAACUUCACUUGUGUAUGCAUAAAUGGGGCAAAAACAGAGACCAUCUCCCAAGACGUGCCAGCAUGUCAUGA